AUGCCUGAGCAAUUUGCAACAGCAGAUAACGGCGGAACAGGGCAAUAUUUAGACCCGGCGUAUGUCCGAAUCGCUGGUCUCUUUGCAUGGACAGCCACUGGGUUGUCUGUAAUGGCCAUAUGGUCACAUUUAAAGAACUAUAGGAAACCGGUAAGUGGAGAAGGCGUGGAAGGAGCAAGAGGUGAAACGUUAAUAGAAAGACACGUAUACGGAAAGAUAUACGAGGAAAAGAAACGUCUUCAAAGAUUUGUCGUAAGGAUAAUAGCAAUGGUACCGAUAUAUGCAAUAUCUUCGUGGAUAAGUCUUAUCUCAUUACGCAUGGCAUUCUACUUGGACGCGGUUCGGGAUAUUUAUGAGGCUUUCGUAAUGUAUUGUUUCUUCAACCUGCUUAUAAACUAUCUCGGCGGUGAUCGCUCUCUCUUAAUCUCCCGUCACGGCCAUCCACCUCUCGUCGCGACUGGCUUCAUUCGCUUCUUCGUCAAAGAAAUAGAUAUUUCAGAUCCUCUGUUUUUUCUCUUUUUAAAACGAAGUAUCCUCCAAUAUGUUUAUAUCAAACCGCUCUUAGCUGCAGCCACCAUGAUACUGAAGUGGAACGAGACGUAUAAUGAUGGAACAAUCUCGACAAAGAGCGGGAUGAUCUGGCACCUUACAGGACUCGGUUUAGCAAUUCUAUCUUGGCUUGGAAUAAUCAGUGAUAAUAAAGAUUCUGGGGAUGAUGCAGGGCAAUUGUCAGCUGAAAAUCGAUCCGUUGCAAUUCAGGAUUUUUUAAUAUGUAUGGAAAUGACGCUCGCUGCCAUAGGACAUUGGUACGCAUACUCCUACAAAGACUACAUUGAUCCGACAAUACAAUCAGCUCGAAUGCCAAUUGCCUAUGCUUUUAGAGACGCAAUGGGAACCAAGGAUGUGUUUGAAGACACGCUGGAGAUAAUUCAUGGUGGAGGCUUUGAUUACCGCACUUUUGAACCAGCCGAAGGCAGGCCACAUACCGGUAAAUCUCUCGCAAACCGCUUAAAUGCCGGCAUGCGCGUAUAUGGCGAAACGAAGUACUGGCUUGGCAAACGAUCUAAUUCCGCACUUUCCGAUGAUUGCCAAUCUCUCCACUUUCCUGACUCUCUCGACGAAGACGACGAAAAUAUAUACAAAAUCAGUCGGCAAUUAGGCGAGCAGGGGGAUUAUAAUUGCCCAGUUAUAAAUGGGACCGAGGUCGUUGAGCGCACGAGACCGAAACCGAAACCCAGGAGGAAAUUAACUAUAUCGAAGAAGCAAAAGGGAAAGCGGAAUGUAUUUUAUCGGGAGAGUGAUGAGGAUGAGGAAUAUACGAAUAAUUUACUUGCGCGGAAUGGCGAAAAGAAGGAGCGUCAGUUGAGCGAGACUAAUGUACCGCCGUUUCGUACUGGCUGUGUAGAUUUGAUUGUCAAAGAUGAAACAGGAAAGAGAUUUGAGAGCUAUGCCGAUAUGAUUCCGUCAGCGUCAACUUCAAACGGGCGGCCAUCUUUUGCGGCUAUAAGCGUACUUGAUCCUUUUGUCUUGCGAGUGCCUGGGAUGUCAGAUAUAG